AUGAAACUCCCGCUACUUCUGGCUCUUCUCUUUGGGACAGUUUCGGCAUUUCAUCUGAGGACUGAAAUGUCCAACGUUGAGAGCCCCUUGGGAGAUGACACCCUGCCUCAGGUUGGGGAGAUGCCAGAACAUGAGGCAAAGGAGGCCCCUUUGGAGGAGCUGAUGCUGCUGGAGAAAGAGGAAGAGAGGGGCUCUGGAGGUGAAGAUGCCCCAAGGGAAGAGGGGACUGUUGAGUCCAUCUCAGCCUUGGAGGAGGUGGGCAAGGACUUUCAGUGCCCCAAGGAAGAAGACACAGUAAAAGUGGAGGGCAUCUCUGGGUGCAAAACCUGUCGCUUCCUCCUGGUGACGACAGCCUUGAAUUUUAACAGUGCUCAGCUUACUUGCCAGAGAUGCUACCGAGGCAGACUCAUCUCCAUCCAUGACUUCAGACUUAAUAACCAGAUCCAGUGCCUAGCCAGACGGAUCAACCAGGGCCAAGUCUGGAUUGGAGGCCAGGUCACAGGCUAUGUAAGAGGGGUCCCAGUUCUAAGUGGGGAGCACCUCCUGACCCCAGCCAGUGCUCAGCUUGCUGCAGACUUGUCUGUGUUUCCCGUCUCUGAUCCCCUGAAGAACUGGGGAUAG